AUGUCUUCCGCUUCUCCAUGCCCAAAACCUCCCGCCAACGGUUUCGUUGCCCUGGCGCGCAAGGUCUAUAACCCCAUCGGAUUCAAAAAGGGUUACAACUUCACCCUCUUUGUCAUCACCGCGGGCGGUAUGAUGGGGUUCACCCUCGCCCGCAUGAUGUACCUCAACUUCAACGGCGUCUUCUGCAAUCCGGAACACAACUCACGUGCGCUCCCGGGAGAGUGCUACUAUUUUCAGAAGGGCACGGCACGGAUCGGUAUCAUCAUGCAUCUCGCGGGUAUCAUACCAGCAGGCUUCCUCGCCUGCCUGCAGUUCGUCCCUAUCAUCCGUCACAAGGCCAUCUUGUUUCAUCGCCUUAAUGGGUACCUCAUUGUUCUCCUGAGUGUCGUGGGCAUCAUUGGCGUCUUUCUCAUUGCGCGGCGGACGUUUGGCGGUGGCGUGAGCAUGCAGACUGUUUCGGGCACCGGCAGCCUCAUGUUCCUUGGCGCCCUGGCCCUUGCCAUCUACAACAUAAAGAAACUCCAGAUCGAGCAGCACCGAGCAUGGAUGCUUAGAGCCUGGGUAUAUGCCGGCUUCAUCAUCACUAUGCGCAUCAUCGGCUAUCUCGCUGCCAUGAUCACAGCCGAAUCGAACUACUAUCAAGUAAAACAGUGUGCCAUGGUGGACUUCAUCUUUCGGCACGACCAGAACAAAGUCCUCGACUUCUAUCCUGGCUGCGAAGGGUACUACUCUGGGGAGAACCCCGGCCUCAGCGUCCUCGUCCAUGCCAGCAUCACCGCCCACCAGCCUGUUGAGAUUUCCGCCGGGUUCACGUCCGUCUUUGAUGCUGGAUCAUGGCUGGCUUUGGCGAUCCACGCUAUACUCGUUGAACUUUAUCUCCAUUUGACACCUGCAGAAGCCGAACGCCUCCGUCGCAUCUCUUAUCAGCGUCAGCUCGAAUCCGGUAUGAGGAAUGCCGGGAAUGCGGGCACGACUGUCCAAAGGAUGGGCGAUGCCGAACCCUGGCUACCUCCGACUCAUUCACAACCAGUCGAGUCUAGUAUAAGACCGAGCUCAGAUGAGGAUAUAAGGCAGAAGAGCGAAAGCGCGGCGUAG